AUGGAAAUAACAGAUAUUUAUGAUAAUAUAUUUAAAAAAGAUGUUUCCAGAAUAUUUCCGGCCAACUAUCUGAGUCUGGCCAACAAACUAGAGCACCGGCCUAACCAUCGGUUUCUCAUAUCGUAUAACAGAUGCGGUAGCAAUUGGUUCAUAUAUAUUGUCCAAUUGAUACUGUCUUCAGCUGAAAAUACCGAUCCCGUUGACGAUGAAAACUAUAUUAUCGAAAGUGUUGGCUUACGGGCACUGGAUAUGACCAGAAAAAUGAUGUCAAAAACAACAAGCAAUAGUAGUAGUAAUGUCAAUACUAACGGUGCUACAGUCAACGAUACCAUGACUGCCGAUAAUGAUGAUGAGGAGGACAUUGUUUUCUUGAAAACCGACUACACUAGCGAUAACUUUCCGCUGAACUCAAUGGCCAGAUAUAUGCUAUUAAUGCGUAAUCCGAAAGAUGUUUAUCAUGCCUUCUAUCAGGCAAUCGAUAAUCUGAUCCGAUCGGAGCACAUGGAUGUUAAAAUUGGUGAAAUCAAACACUAUGACAAACUAUUAGACUAUUGGCUAUCAGAUAGUAUACCCGAUUGUUAUAACUAUUUUACGUAUGUUAAACAAUAUUGGCUCCGGUUUAGACGGGAACCUAACUUUCAUUUCAUGCUUUACGAGGAUAUGAAACAUGAACCGCGAAAAGCUAUCGAAACUAUAGCCAAGUUUUUAGGCGAUAACUAUGUUAGACGGCUGUCCCGUGUGAUGGACUCCGGUACUGGCGAAACACUGCUCGACCGUAUUGAACGACUGUCUACUAUGGAUACAAUGAAACCAAUGUUUGACAAACAGGACAGUUGGCGAUUGAGAAAGGGUGUGAUCGGCAACUGGAGGUCGCACUUGACUAGAGAGCAAAGCGAUGCUAUCGAUCGGAAAGUUGCUGACGAAUGGACGGGAACGGGACUCGAGUUGCUGUGGGAACGGGAAUUAAAAUGGGAAUAA